CUCUCCACGCGUUCGAGGGAACCCGGAAGGGGCCAGGCGGGUGAGUGCGGAGGGAAGCCCUUGUGCCAUCUGGGAGUAGAGCCGCCGAGUCAGGAGUUUUAGGGCCAUGGCUGAUCCUGGGAACAGAGGAGGGAUCCACCGCCCCUUGAGCUUCACCUGCUCCCUGCUCAUUGUGGGAAUGUGCUGUGUAUCUCCUUUCUUCUGCCAUAGCCAGACAGACUUGCUGGCUCUUAACCAAGCUGAUCCUCAGUGCUGGGAAUCCUCCUCAGUGCUUCUCCUGGAAAUGUGGAAGCCUCGCAUUUCCAACACUGUUUCGGGCUUCUGGGAUUUUAUGAUCUACCUGAAGUCAUCUGAGAACUUGAAGCAUGGAGCACUGUUUUGGGAUCUGGCCCAACUCUUCUGGGACAUCUAUGUGGACUGUGUGCUCUCUAGGAACCAUGGCUUAGGAAGGAGGCAAUUGGUUGGAGAGGAAGAGAAAAUCUCAGCAGCGCAGCCACAGCACACAAGGAGUAAACAAGGUACAUAUUCUCAGCUUCUAAGGACCUCCUUCCUAAAGAAGAAAGAGUUGAUUGAAGAUUUGAUAAGCAUGCAUGUGCGUAGGAGUGGGUCUAGUGUCAUUGGAAAAGUGAACCUGGAAAUAAAGAGAAAAUAAAUUGAA